AAGCAAGAGCAAAAAGUGGAGCGAGUCUUGUAUUGAAGGCCACAUGCUUAAGUUUAUUUACACGCAAAACUACGCAAAUGAUUUUCUCUUCCUUCUUUUCAGUUCCGUCUUAAAUCUUAAAAAUUCUUUCUCUUCAAUACUCUUCCCCCACCCCCCACUCUAUUUAUUUCGAUUUAUAUUUCUCGAUAUUUUUUCCUUUUGCUUUCCAUUUCUAACUCAUAAUUUCUUCAUUAGAUUAUACAGAAUACAAAGAGAGGUAAUAAGAGAUCAACCUGGGAAAGAAAAAAGUGAGUAGGAAGAAGAGAUCGGAAUAUAAUAAUAUAAUAAUCAAACAAUAUGUCUUGUUCGUCGUCGUCGGCGUCGGAGGAUGAGGAUGAGGGCAUCGAUUCUUACCGGAAAGGCGGGUACCACGCGGUGCGUGUCGGCGAUUCCUUCGCCGGCGGACGGUAUAUUGCUCAGCGUAAGCUCGGUUGGGGACAGUUCUCCACCGUUUGGCUUGCUUACGAUACUCAAUCAUCCGUACGUUUCUUCCUUCUGAUCGUAGCAUUUCAUUGCGAUUUUAUUGUAAAUGCGUUUAGUUUGCUAUUUUUUAUUUCUCUGUGAACAAGCAUGCCCUCAAAAUACUCACGAGCCUUUCUGUAAACGGUUUUGAUUAGAGAUCAGUGAUCGCGGUGAUCUGUUUUCCUGUUUUUGAUUAUUCAUACAUGUGACAAGAUUGCUUUUCGUAGAACUAUUGAGCAGUGAUUAUAAGAGCGGGUGUGCGAAAUUCCAGACAUGUAGUCUAAGCUGAUUUAAUUAUGAUAUGGAAAUUUAAUCGAUGAUGAUUUGAUUUAUCAUUUUGAAUGUAUUAAAUCUGCCUGGUGGCAUCUGUUUAAAUUUCAUGGUGGAUUUAUACAUUUGCAAGCUGCCUGCUUUACUAUGUUUUUCCGAAUUGAGAUUUUUUGGGUGCUCUGAUAACGAAGUUUCAUUAUUUAGCAAUCACCAAAAGGGACAGUUUUCUCCCGCAAUUUAUCACUGCUAUGACUACUUAUAGUUAGGAGUAUGAAAUAGACCGAUUUUGUAUCACCCUUCAAUUCGAAUUAGCCGAAGCAAUGUCUCCUUGCAUACUACAGAUUCCAAACAUUCAUGAUCUGGAUGUGAAUGAGCCGAAUAGAUGUUGGUGUUUAGGCCUGAUAUUUGCUGCCAAACAUGGUCUAUGGGAGUUGGGAAUCUGCAAGUUGUUUCUUUUAUGAAACUGAAUGUAUUUGUCAAGAUAAUUCCUAUUCUGUUGAUAGUUGGUUUAGCCAAAUUUUUGUAUUUGUUGUGCUCAGGGGCUUCUAAAAGUGGAGAUCUUUAAUGUCUAAACUUGCCUCGUACGAGUUUACUACAUAGUAACUUCUCUUGUCUCAAUUAGCAAAGAAGAGCACCCACAGGGUUUUCCUGUUUCGCAUGAGGUUUGCUAGGUUGUUGCGUGCUGAUAUUAGUUUCUGUUUGAUCUUCUCUUCGCAGGGUUAUGUUGCUUUGAAGAUCCAAAAGAGUGCUCCGCAAUUUGCUCAAGCUGCUCUACAUGAAAUCGAAAUUCUUUCUGCUAUUGCCGAGGGUGACCCUUCGAAUAGCAAAUAUGUUAUACGGUUGAUAGACCAGUUUAAGCACACGGGACCUAAUGGACAGCAUUUGUGCAUGGUUCUGGAAUUUCUUGGUGAUAGCUUGUUGAGGCUUAUCAAAUAUAAUCGCUAUAAAGGACUUGAGUUGAACAAAGUUAGGGAAAUAUGCAAGUACAUCUUAACUGGUCUUGAUUACCUUCAUAGGGAGCUUGGACUUAUACAUACGGACCUGAAGCCUGAAAAUAUUCUGCUGUGUUCAACCAUAAAUCCUUCAAAAGACCCUAUAAAAUCAGGCACGGCACCAAUUCUCGAGAGGCCCGAGGGGAAUAUAAAUGGAGGGGCUGGAAUUAGUCUUAUUGAAAAGAAGCUGAAACAAAGGGCACGGAGAGCAGUGGCUAGAAUUUCAGAAAGAAGAGCUUCGAUGGGUGGAAUAGGGACAGUUCCGAAACCAGAUAGAUGCCUGGAUGGGAUUGACUUGAGAUGUAAAGUUGUCGAUUUCGGAAAUGCUUGUUGGGCUGAUAAGCAGUUUGCGGAUGAAAUUCAAACAAGACAAUACAGAGCGCCUGAAGUUAUACUUAGAUCAGGAUAUUCUUUUUCUACUGAUAUGUGGUCAUUUGCUUGUACUGCAUUUGAGCUUGCUACAGGUGAGAUGUUGUUUACUCCGAAGGAUGGACAGGGGUUCGGUGAGGAUGAGGACCACCUUGCAUUGAUGAUGGAACUCCUUGGCAAGAUGCCCAAGAAGAUUGCGACUGGUGGGGCUCGUUCAAAGGAUUAUUUUGAUAGAUAUGGAGAUUUGAAGAGAAUCCGAAGGCUAAAAUACUGUGCACUUGAUCGAGUACUUGUCGAUAAGUAUAAAUUUUCUAAAUCAGAUGCUCAAGAAUUUGCACAGUUCCUUGUUCCCCUGUUUGAUUUUGAACCUGAGAAGAGACCAACUGCUGAGCAGUGUUUACAACACCCGUGGCUUAAUAGUGAAAAUCUCAUUCAGAAUGAGGUGCAAGGUGAACACAGCAUCGAAAAAGUCAAUGUAGGGAUGAGGAACCUCCAGAUUAAGGUGGGUAAGUGAUGUAGACUUGGGGAUUGGUGAUGGCAUGUUUGUAGUCCCACUUUAUACCCCUGUAUCCACCCCUCUGAUCGUCUUUUUGUGCUUUUUAUUGGAAAUUUUGAAGUUGUAACUCUCUGUUCUUUUAUUAACCAAGAUGUAAUAUAGUAACUGGUUAUCUAAUGCCUCGAAGAAAUGAUAUUCGUGACAAGUGAUUGAACUCGAUGCUGCCUUACAUAGUGUCUUGGAGUUUCAAUGGGUUAUGACCCUCACUUCUCAAUUGGGUUCUUAGUCUGUUGUUGAUGUGGCUCAGCACAAUUUUAAAGCCCAGAAAACUAGGAGUUGCUUUGCUUCAUUUGAGACCGCUUCAAGAACAAAGGAAGCUGAAUAGUGACUUCAUAACAGCAGAUUAUUAUGACAGAUAUUUUCUAGACCGGUAGCGGUAGAAGUUCCCUCCUCUUUGGAGAAUGUUAUGAAGAGGAAUUUGUGAGAGAUGGAAGAGAACUUGCUAGUAGCUAUCCAUUGUGUGUGAAGGAAAUUGAUUUGUCUGACCUGAAGUGAACCUCUUGGAGUAAGUCAUUGGUCUCAAUGUGUAUCUUUGAGAAUUGAGAUUAUACGUUGUAACUAAAAGUUUUGCAAAAAAUAUUGAUGAUUAUGUAUCAUUGUUCAUUAGUGAACUUUUUGUUGUUAAUAUUUUGUUCAUCCAGAAGCAGAAUUCCAUUUGGAUGGUAGCUACAAGCCAUUGAUAUUUCGCUGCACUCUGAAGUCUAACCAAGUGAAGCAUUGGGGGUUUUUUUUUUUUGAAGAAAAGUGAAGCAUUGGUUGAUAAUUAAGACAAGAGAAGACUAGUGCAAUUUGUUGAAUACAUUUGAAUAAGUUAGCUGACGUUUCCUAGCUUCAAAAGCCCACUAUGUAAAGGUAAUAUCCGAGAAAAAAUAUCGUGAGAUUUUAAUUUCAGGGAGAAAAAAAGAUGGUUGAGUAUAUAAGCAAAAUAAAAAUUUUGUACUAUCGUUUACAAUGAAUGAAUGAUGUUCAUGGUGAUGUAUUUUUGGGGAUUUUAUCUACACAAUAUAUAUUGGUAUUAAAUUGUUUGGUCGGG